AUGGGGUGGUGGUGGCAGCUCCUGCUGGGGCUGUGGGCGGUCCUGCCCACGUGGGCCGGGCCCGAGCUGCUCAACAUCUGCAUGAACACCAAGCCCCACAAGCCAGAGCCCAGCCCGGAGGACAAACUCUAUGAGGAGUGUAUCCCCUGGAAGCACAAUGCCUGCUGCACGGCUGACACCAGCUGGGAGGCCCACCUGGAUGUGGCCCUGCUCUACAACUUCAGCUUGGUCCACUGUGGAUUAAUGAUGCCGGGCUGCCAGAAGCACUUCCUCCAGGCCAUCUGCUUCUACGAGUGCUCCCCCAACCUGGGGCCUUGGAUCCAGCAGGUGCGAGGGGCAGGCUGGGAGAUGGACCGGCACGGGCAGGCAGAGCGGAUUCUGGACGUGCCCCUCUGCCAGGAGGACUGUGAGGAGUGGUGGGCUGACUGCCGCACAUCCUACACCUGCAAAUCCAACUGGCUCGGAGGCUGGACCUGGAGUCGGGGGAAGCACCGCUGCCCGGCGAGGGCCCUCUGCCACCCUUUCCCGCAUUACUUCCCCACCCCCGCCGACCUGUGCGAGAAGAUCUGGAGCCACUCCUUCAAGGCGAGCCCGGAGCGCCGGGACAGUGGGCGGUGUCUGCAAAAGUGGUUCGAGCCCACCCGGAUCAACCCCAACACGGCUGUGGCCCGCCUCUUCGCCAGCCCUGCCCCGUCCUGGGCACUCUCCUACAGGCUCAUGGCCUUCGCUCUGUCCCUGUCCCUGUCCCUCCUCUCCUGA